CAGGGGCAGCAGCGUCGCUGUUGACCAGUGGCCACGAUCUACUAUAGCAACUUUCCUUUAGUAGGGAGGGUAGCUAGCUAGUUGAAUUUAGAGGUUGUAGGGAGGUCGUUAUUCUGGUGUAUUGACGUCGCUAUUAGGAAAACACAUUUUGCUUUGAUCGCUACUAAGAUUUGGAAACGUCGCUCAGAAACGGGACAUAGGCAGGGUAAAAGGGGACGUUAAAACUUAGUCCUGGAUCCUGCGUGGGAGAUUCCGAUCCAACCAAAGUUGUUUACAAGUUAGGGUUGUAUGGUCGAAAUCUUAUUAGCGAGUUUUGGAGUAGCAAACUAGCUACAUAAUUCUCUGAUUUGAAGAAAACACCACGAGGACACCCUGGAUCGAGAUACUUUUUAACCAAAUAACGUGCAGUAUGUCCGCCGAAGUUAGCUGUGACUCUGGACUGACAGCGAACUGCUCAAGUGGGGGAGAGAAUCAAACCACGUCUGAGGCUCCCCAACUACAGCAUAAAGCAGAUAAGACACAACACGAGGACGGGCAUCUAAAAACACAACUUGAUCUGGUUGUUGAUAAGGUUCACAUCCAGAUGGAUGUGCAAGAUAAAUGCAAGGUUUAUGACAAAGAAAACGACCAAAAUGCUCCCAGCAGCAAUGUGGACUCCAGUGAAAAGGUGCAGAAAAAAGUUAUUGAGGCACCGCCACCCAAAGUAAACCCGUGGACUACGAGGAAUCCGAUCAACCGCGUGCCAAACAGCACUACCAACACGGACAACCAGGAGAAAGAGCAACAGAACCCAAUGAAAGUGGUCCGUGCAGCCAAGCCUAGAACAAGGAAAUCCAGCAAGUCCGGUGACUUCAGUGACAUCACCAACUGGCCCACUCCCGGUGAACUGGCCAAAGAGCAGCACCAGAAUGUGAUCAACACUGGAGGGAAAUGUCCACCUGCCCGCAAGAAACCGGACGGGAACCGGGCGGAGAAGAGCCAUGACCGGCAGGACGGGAGUGACAGUAAAGAGAACCGGGGGAAUCUCCAGGAGCCCCUGACAGAGCAGCCCAGGGACCGAGAGGGGGAGGAGGGGGAGGAAGAGACUCGGAGGCGGAGAGGAGCCCUGACCUCCAGCCGUCUUUCUGAUCUCCCAUUGUCCAUCUUGCUGCCAGGCUGGAGAAGAGAGCAGCCGGAGUAUGUGGAAGACCUGACGGGCUUCCGCAGUGAGGGGGCUCUACGUGGAGGUCUACGGGGCCGAGGGAGGGGUCGUGGCAGAGGGAGAGGGGGCCGCGGUCGGGGUCGUUAUGAGUUCGCUCAGACUCAGCGUGACUCGCAGGCGCCAGCUGAGUUUGGAGCCAAAAACAACAUGGUGUACUACUACGAUGAUGGGGGCCGCGUUCAGAUGUACCCGGUGGACGAGAAGCUCCUCAAGGAGUACAUCAAAAGACAAAUUGAGUACUACUUCAGCCUCCACAACCUUGAGAGGGAUUUCUUCCUGCGGAGAAAGAUGGACGCCCAGGGCUUCCUACCCAUCUCCCUGAUCGCCAGCUUCCACAGAGUCCAGGCUCUCACCACCGACGUCAGUCUCAUCGUACAGGCCCUGGAGAACAGUACAGAGGUCGAGCUGAUCGAUGAGAAGGUGCGUUGUAAAUUAGACCCAGAGCACUGGCCGAUCCCCACGCCUGCCGUUGUCGGUUCCCCGCGGACCGACUUCUCCCAACUCAUCAACUGUCCCGAGUUUGUCCCCGGCCAGGCCUUCAGUUCCAUAACCGGAACGUCUCCUGUCCAACAGACGGCUGUGGAACCUAGUGAACCUGAAGGUCAAGACCUUAAAGGUCCACCACAGGACCCUAAAGAUCUACCACAGGACCCCAAGAGUCUAUCACAGGACCCAAAGAGUCUACCACAGGACCCUAAAGGCCCACCCCAGGACACUAACCCAGCGAACGCCUCUUCCAGACAGACCGACCCUGAAGCUGAGCCCUGGAUUCAGGUGGAGAAACGUCAUCGCCAGCAAUUCACCUCCAAGACCAAGGGGGGCAGUGACCCCGCCCAGCAUGAUCCCCCAUCCAAACCGACCCUGGACCAGGAAGAGCUGGACUUCCUGUUUGAUGAAGAGAUGGAGCAGCUGGCCCCGAAGAAGAACACCUUCACCGAUUGGUCGGAUGACGACUCUGACUAUGAGCUUGACGACAGCGACGUGAACAAGAUCCUGAUCGUGACCCAGACGCCGCCGCACCUGAGGAAGCACCCAGGAGGGGAUCGCACCGGGAACCACGAGUCCCGCGCCAGCAUCACGGCCGAUCUGGCCAAGGCCAUCAACGACGGCCUGUACUACUACGAACAAGACCUGUGGACUGAAGAGGACGUCCCUGAGGCCCCUCCCAUCAAGCCGGAGGUUGAAAACUUCAAGAAGCUGACGGUCAUCAGUAAAGAUGAGUUUGACAUCCUCACCCCAAAACCACCGGUUGAUCCCAACCAGGAAGUCCCGCCGCCUCCUCCUCCAAUGACAGAGGAGACGGCCGGGUCUCCCUCCACAUCUCCCCCAACCUCUCCCCAGCUCCCCCGGACUCCCCGCACCCCCAGAACCCCUGGCCGUCAGGACCCAAGCAAGACCCCGCGCUUCUACCCCGUCACCAAGGACUGUGGCAACAUCGACGUGCAGACCCCCAGGAAGAAGAAGACUCGUCACAGCUCCAAUCCUCCUCAGGAGCAGCAUGUUGGCUGGGUCAUGGACUCCCGAGAGCACCGGCCUCGCACCUCCUCUAUCAGUAGCUCCAAUGCGUCUCCGUCUGAAGCAGGAAGCUAUGGGUGCACCCCCCGGUCUUUCCCCAAGUUUUGGCAUCCGUCUCACGAGAUGCUGCGCGACAACGGCUUCACUCACCAAGGCUACCACAAGUACCGCCGACGCUGCCUCAACGAGAGGAAACGCCUUGGAGUUGGCCUGUCCCAGGAGAUGAACACACUGUUUCGGUUCUGGUCCUUUUUCCUGAGAGACAACUUUAACAGGAGGAUGUACGAAGAGUUCAAGCUAUUCGCUCUGGAAGACGCUAAGGAAAACUACAGGUAUGGUGUGGAGUGCCUGUUCCGUUACUAUAGCUACGGCCUGGAGAGGAGAUUCCGAGGAGACCUCUUCAAGGACUUCCAGGAGGAGACUCUACGCGACUAUGACAAGGGUCAACUGUACGGUCUGGAGAAGUUCUGGGCCUUCCUGAAGUACUCCAAGAUGAAGAACCAGACCAUCGAUCCUAAACUGCAAGAACACCUGAACAAGUUCAAAAACUUGGAGGACUUCAGAGUGGAUCCUCCAAUGGGAGAGGAUGGAGGCCGGAGGAUACGUUCCUCUUUGGCAGCAGAUGAAGGUAGACGCAGGCGACACCCAUCCAACCCCACAUCAAAGCCUGGCCACACCUCCAAGAUGGCGGCUGGCCCUACUUCCUCUGCCACCCCUGCUGUGUCAGGAACCAGACCGGCCAAAGAAAACGCCAAGAGGCUCCUCCCAACUGAGGGGAGGAAGGGAGAGAUUGGAGUUGGCAACACCAAGAAGGACACUUGUGCACCCAUCAAAUAAGUCCCUCUCUUCAACCCCUGUUCUACUGGUGCACCCAUCAAAUAAGUCCCUCUCUUCAACCCCUGUUCUACUGGUGCACCCAUCAAAUAAGUCCCUCUCUUCAACCCCUGUUCUACUGGUGCACCCAUCAAAUAAGUCCCUCUCUUCAACCCCUGUUCUACUGGUGCACCCAUCAAAUAAGUCCCUCUCUUCAACCCCUGUUCUACUGGUGCACCCAUCAAAUAAGUCCCUCUCUUCAACCCCUGUUCUACUGGUGCACCCUUCAAAUAAGUCUCUCUUCAACCCCUGUCUCAGUGGUACACCCAACAAACUAGUUUGUCUCAAUGUAGACAGCCUCUAAAACCUUACACCUUGAAUUACGUUUUAUAUCCGAGUGUACGUGCAAGUGCAGUUGCUCAAGUAAGGGUGAGUUCAGAGUUGGCUAACUCGCUUACGGAGUUCACUAACUAGCUACGCGUCUCACAAGGAGUCUGACCAAUGAGGUUUUAGUCACAGAAAUUAGUUGUGUGACAAUUCACAACCACAGGCGUUAGAUACGUGACUGCAGUUUGCAUUGAAUUGUGGGUGGCAUCAACCUUGCAAGUGAGCGAAGUUAUUCACUAAUCUCCUCAAGCUAAAUCAAGGGCAGAGGGGGCAGCUUUUGUAAAUUGGAGUGGCACUGAAGAUGGGUAUCAAAACUGCAUCCGGGUAAACCCAGAAUUAAAGUGUUUAGGGUCUGUCUACUAUGCGAGUCCACCCAAUACCUGCAACCCAUAUUUUACUGAUGCACCCAACUAAUUAGUUUCUCCCUCUAACCCCUAACCUACUGGUGCACCCAACAAAUUACUCCCUCCAACCCAUAUUCUGCUGGCGCACCUGACAAAUAAUGUUCUACCUCCAGCCUGUGACUGAGACUCCCAGGCUAAAAUGAGACGCUUAAUCUAGUCCGUAAGAAACAAACAGUGCACAAGCCUUAACUCAUUAACUAUCAGUCACAGCCAGUGCUGUGUUCAGGCAUGUGUUCAUAUUUUGUCAUUCAAUACUCUGAUGAUUGAUUCGAUUGUUGUCUGAAUAUUUUAGAAACAUGCUAGGAAGGGAAGUUAUUGUCACAACUUACAGCUCAAAAGUUUACAGAAAGACUGCAUUCCACCAGAUUGCAUAGAAUGAGUAAAACAAUCUGCCUUUUGAUCUUGAUAGACGUUAGCCAUCUAUCUUUCUAAAGGAGAUAAUAUCAGGGGUGCCUUACCUUUCAGUAAGUGUCUCCUGGAUACAGAUCUAUCCAGCAUUUCCGCUGAAGAGGUAAUUGCUAGCUUUUCUAGUUUGACAUUAGCGUGCUUAACAGUCUUGGGUGCCUUGUGUUAAUUUUAUUUUUAAGCAAGGGCAGUGUCUUUUGCCAGUGGUGCAUUUUGCCCUGUUAAAUGGGAUUAACAUGUUUUAUUUACAUGUUAGCCUUGACAAGUACAUCCUUCUUUACACAUUUGAGAGCUGGUUAGUGAACCACCCGGUUGCUUUAGUGUUUCAUGUGAUCCCUCAGGCUCUGCCUCCUCUUAAAAAAAACAUUAUUGGGACAAUGUUGACUUUACUUAAAUUGCUUGAAUUAGGAAGUUUCUACAGACUUAAUGAUUUUGAUAUUCUUAAAUCAGAUCUUUCUAAAGAAAUUGUAUUUCUAUCAAGUUUGAAAUCCAUUGGAAGAUAAUUUAUUGUUUUGUUUAUUUUAUUCCUUGAUUUGAUUGUUAUCGGUUUUUAUGGCUUUAACUUUUGGAUUUUAAUAUUUUGGAAUAUUACAAACUUGAAGAAAUGUGAAUUAUAUGUGGAUUUAAUUAUGCGUGACAGAUUUUAUAAAGGCCUUCUAUAUCAGUAUGGUAGAGUUGGGCUUGUAGAGGCUUUCUUGAUCAUGAUUGUAGAGUUGGGCUUAUAGAGGCCCUCUGUAUCACAGUGGUAGAAAUAGGCUAAUAGAGGCCCUCUCUGUCAGUAUAGCAGAGUUAGGGUUAACCCAUUCACAGGGCUUCAAGCGUUGCUUUAAAAAAUGUACAUAUUUUACAAAUCAUUUGGAAUUUUACUUUCCCCUUUUAUGGAGUGUGUCUGUCUGUGUCUGUCUAUCUGUGUGUGUGUGUGUGUGUGUGUGUGUGUGUGUUUUUUUUAGAGUUAGGUAUGCAUGUUGAUACCAGGUUUACUUUAAUUAUAUGUAAAAUGUGAAAAUAUAUAAAGUAACAGAACUGAUUGUUUAAAGACA